AUGGCCGGACAAUUUAAGAGACUGAGUGAAUCAACACUCCAACGUGCAAGCUUUAUAGGGAGCAACACUGUUACGGAAGCUAAGUCUAUUGUAGCCAAAGUACUCCGACAAAACAUAUAUGACAUCGAAAUUGUUGAAAAUGGAGGAAUUAUAGACGGAAGUUUAUUUGUAAAGGACGUACAGAAUCCUCUUCAGGUGGUCAUCCACAAUACCGACAGACAAGUUCCUCUCUGGCUCCAAACCACAAAGAAAGAUAUGGUAAAUCCUUGGGAGGAGGAGCCACGAUGUAUCAUGUCAUGCAAUCAUGCAAUAACUCCCGACAACCUAUACGGCUACUGUUGGAAUCAGCUCACAGAACAACGAACGUCGUUUAAGUGUUUUGUUGACGUCGACGGAAAACGCUGUGAUUGGGAAUGGUUCUUUGCGGAAGUAGCUGAAAACGCCUGCUUGUCAACCGACGAACGUGUUUUGUUUGAAUCGCGCAUCAACCGGAACUGGUUCAAUCUCUCGGCGGGAGUGCGUGAAUGUCCAUUUUGUCGCUGCGUGUGUGAACGCCAAAGACCCGACGACCCAUGUGUGUUGUGUAUAUACUGCAGGGACGCUGGAAAGCCUCACUUUGAGUUUUGUUGGUACUGUCUUUAUCCGUGGAAAGAUAACCAUAGCUGCACUAAGGACUCUGCAAGACAGAUACUCAGCACGUGCCCACGUAAGGAAAUAGUGAAAGUGCCCGGAUGUCCAUCAAUAAGGGCGUGUCCAAAUUGUAAAAUUUUGAUUGAACAUAAGGAGCAAUGCAAACACAUGGACUGUCGAAACUGCAAGGCUUCCUUCUGUUUCAUAUGUUUAGGGGUCAGAGGGGAACGUGGGUUUACGUGUGGGUCUUACAACUCGAAAUGUGCCGUGGCACCAAUACAAACUGUGACGUAA